AUCGCGAACUAUUCGGAAAAAUUAGGGCAAGAAUCCACAUACAUCAAUUAAAUCAACUCUGUUUGGUUUUCGGUCUGAUUUUGUUUGUUUUGCUUGGAUUGAAGGUGCCGAGAACGACUGAUACAAUCUCCCGUGGAUCGACCUUAACCGUUAUCAACUAUGCCCACAAAGGCGAAACGACCGACUCCUGAAGAUCCUCUCUCCCUUGAGGAAGUACGGACCUUGCGACGACGUUUACGUAUACUCCGCGAGAAUGAGGUCUUUUACCGUGGUGGGUAUGAAGAGGGAACCACAACCCACGGUUUCAUUUUCAACAAUGAAUGGGUUAUGGUAGCGCUUGAUCAUUCAAGCGGGGAAGUACCUCCAGCGAAUGUUAUGGAACUCAACUCUCACCUGCUUUGUUCUUUUUCUGGCGGGAGCGAAGCUUCGCGCGGAUACUUGCUAGAUCAUCUGCCGGACAAGUGCCGCAAACUAGAACUCAAGGAGGGAAGAAAAGCUUCUGCUGCAGAAGCAUCCGAGUGGCUGGCGGAGUUUCUGUCCCUUCAUCCCGACAGCGAUUGCAGUUUUUCACUCGGGAUACUGAUUGCCGGGUGGGGCAACGAAUCGGGACCUGGCCUGUAUAAAGUUAAAGGCAACGGAAAACGUCUUAAAGUAACAGACUCAUGGGCUGGAACUGGAUGUGCUGCAAAUCUCGCUGUUAUAAUUGAUAGCACUGAUCGCACGAUCAAGGAUAUAACUGUGGAGAAAUCUGCUGAGUUGGCCAAAAGGACACUUAGUAUGGCUGUAUAUCACGCGCACGAAUGUCGUGAAUGUGUCAGUGGUAAGUUUCCAAGUACCUGAUUCCCUCUGGCCUCUUUUAUUGUUGCACUUUUAUGUAUAUACAUGGAGAGUCGUCAGAUGGUCCAUUUUGGUUUCUUAUCUCUCUACAUCCAAUUUUUAAUAGUUCACUUUGUUGUUCCAAUUUUGUUGAACAAAGUGGACUAUUAGAGUGGGACGAAGAGGUUAUUCCAUGCCACCCCCACCCCUGCUGAUGAUUGUGUUCUAUUUUCCUGUAUGCAAGCCUAUCAUGUUGGAAGUACUGGGGUUAAGCUGGUGGUCCGGAAUGAGAAUAUUGUGAAAUUACAAAAGCGGUACUUGAGGGAAGUUGGGCGAAAGUGGGAGGACAUGCGUAGGGAAAACGAAGCUCAGGCUUUUAAUUGGGCAGCAUUGAAUUGCCACAACCGGCCCCGAGCCUUGUGGGGAAGAAUUGGAUAGCUUCAACGAAACUCGGGCUCGUAGAAUGGAAAGAGCGCGACGCCCGCACUCAUUGAAUUUCCAAGCGGUUCUAGUGGUCUUAUGCCUCUUUUUGUGGAAGAGAGGGAUUUCUAGAUUGUCACUUCUCUGUCUCCCUUGGUGGUUUUAUUACUUUUCGGUUGCUGUAUCUAUAAGACCAUAUUUGUGUUUUGAUUAUAGUUCAGUGAACUCCAGACUUGCGUUUUCAAUGCGAGUGAAAUGCGGAUUUAUUGAAAUUUAUGUUGAUUUUCCUGGCCCAGGCUUUGGUAUGACAAUGUUUUGGAAAGGGUUGACGCCUUUGUUGGACGAGAAAUUGCAAUCGUAAGAGAUUCAUUGGAAACAC